AUGGGAUUGUGUGGGACGGAUGCUGCAAGCUGGCGGCUUGCGGCAGUGAUGUUGGUAUGGGUGCUGUCGUACUCCUCUGCAUCGACGAGCUGUCGCUAUGCCUCGCCUUGGUCGGACCUCGCGCAGUUGCGGGCAGGCAACUUGACCGUGUCCGAGUGGCACGCCAUCAUCGGUGCCUUUGCCAACGUGACCACCGACACGUACACCAACGGAUCGACCAGCAACGUCGGGGGCUACCGCGAGCUCACACGCUUGGCCCCUGAUUUCGGCCUUCACGCCAUUGUGCUCCAAGCCGAGACUGAUCCCCAACGCAUCAUCAUCGCCUUCCGGGGCACGGAUCUCAACGAGAGCUCACCCUCUGGUCAGGUGGACAAUUGCGCCGACUGGCUCAUUUGGCACCCGUGGCUACAGCCCCCCUCUUAUUGCCAAAACUUUAAUCGCUCAACCUACGACUACGUGACCAAUGCCCUGCAUCUGGUAGCCAAGGUGCAGGCACAAUACCCCUCCGCCAGCCUGGUGACCACAGGGCACAGUCUUGGGGCGGGGCUCGCUUUCCUGACGGCAAUCAACCACUCUACACCCGAGGCGCCUGUUCCAGCAGUUGCUUUUGCUUGUCCUGGUAUUCUGGGCUAUAUGCGUCGACAGCACUGGGUCCCAACAUCCGAUUCCCUAGCUUGUCUAUUGCAAGUUGAUGACAGCCAGGAUCCAGCCGUCCACUUGACCCAAGUGAAUCAGACGGGCGUGUUUUUGCGCUAUGACACGGGGCAUGACCUCAGCUGCGACGUCUGCUUCAAAAACUCGACGCCCAGCCUAUCCCAUCUAAGUCCAUGGUGUGCUCUCUGCUUUGAUCGGCAUCACAUCUACCGCAACUACCUCAACAAAAUUUUCAACAGCACCCUGCCGACCUUUGGCGUCUGGAACACGACCACAAACACAGCAUGGUCCAGCUAA